GAAAUGCAAAGAGGGAAGUGAGAGAACACUUUAUCUUUUUAUUUAAAAAAAAAAACCUACAGCCGACAGAAAAAUCUUAGGAAAAACUAAAGAAGAAAAGUUAUGUUUAUUUUAACGCUGCUAAGAGAGAUAGAUAUAAGACAGCAGCAGUAGGCGACACAUGGAUUCAGAUUUUCAGUUCUGUUUUCCUUUUUGUGUCUAGUUUUUUCUUCACCAUCAAUUUCAUUGCCAACAGCUAAAACAUGUAUAGCGCAUACUUCAACCAAGAUAACACUCCCUUUUUCCGUUUUUUCUUUUCAAAAUAAUUUCCAGAGAAACAAUUCUUCGAUUUUCUUAGCUUAAUUAGUUCAAUUAGGUGACCUUUUCCUUUUUUAUUUUUAAUUUUCCAUAUAUAUAUAUAUAUAUAUAUAUAGGAUGAAUCACUGCGUUCCAGAUUUCGAAAUGGAAGACGAUUAUGCAAUCCUUUCACCUCCUAGUUUAACUCGAGUUGAAAAGCCUCCGCCCAGACCAGAGGAUGAAAUCAUGGAGCUGUUGUGGCAAAACGGACAAGUUGUUAUGCAGAGCCAAAAUCAACGAUCUAUGAAGAAAUUGCCGUCGUUCAAACUUCUCGACGCCGAUCAUUCGGCUCCCAGGGAGAUCCGGUCAUCAUCACCAUCUCACAAGCAUCGUCGUCAUCAUCAUCAAGAGCAACAGCAAUUGGUUACCGAUCAUCUCUUCAUGCAAGAAGAUGAAAUGGCUUCGUGGCUUCACUAUCCUAUCAGCGACACAAACUUCGACCACGAUUUCUGCACUGAUCUCCUCUAUCCACCCUCCUCCUCCCCCACCGCUGCCGUCGCACCUUGCGUGAGCUCCACUGUGGCAACUUCCACUCCUCCUAUACUUAAAAGAGUUUCUCAAGUUUCGGUUUCUGCUUCAGCUAACGAAUCAGUUCCUAGGCCCCCGGUACCGCCGGCUAGGAGGAAUGAGUUGGAGCCGGCAAGGAUCCACAACUUCUCUCACUUCUCGAGGCAUAUAACGGCGAGGGCGGAGCAAUCUGAACUCUCGAAUUCGAAGAGUGUAAUGGGGGAAUCGACGGUCGUUGAUUCGAGCAAUACUCCGGCGGCAGCUCCUGAAUUGAGAGCCGCUCAGGCUAUGCCAAGCAACACUGAGGCGGCAUCUGGCGGGAACAACAACAACAACAACAACAACAACAAUGCCAACGCCAACAUGAGCGCCGCCGGAGUACCCUAUUUGCAAUCAGCUGACGUCAGACUGGGUGCCAACAAAGGCAGUUUAGCCACGUGCGAGGUCACCGUGACAUCAUCACCUGGAGGCUCCAGUGCUAGCGCUGAACCUACGGCUCAAAAGGCGGCCUCGGCUGAAGACCGGAAGCGUAAAGGCAGAGAACUGGACGAAGCCGAAUGUCACAGCGAGAAUGCUGAGUUUGAAUCGGCUGACACGAAGAAACAAACGCGUGGAUCCACAUCUGCAAAAAGGUCUCGUGCUGCAGAGGUCCAUAACCUCUCCGAGAGGAGACGCAGGGAUCGUAUAAAUGAAAAGAUGAGGGCUUUGCAAGAACUUAUACCUCGUUGCAACAAGUCAGAUAAAGCUUCAAUGCUGGAUGAUGCAAUUGAUUACUUGAAAUCACUUCAGAUGCAAGUUCAGAUGAUGUCUAUGGGUUGUGGCAUGGUCCCAAUGUUUCCAGGUGUUCAGCAGUAUAUAUCCCCAAUGGGAAUUGGGAUGAGUAUGGGCAUGGAUAUGGGAAUAAUUAGGCCAAUGAUGUCAUUUCCCAACGUUGUGGCUGGUUCAGCGUUACCAACAUUGGCAGCUGCAGCUCAUUUGGGUCCAAGGAUUCCUAUGCCAGCCUUUCAUAUGCCACCAUCAAUUCCAGCUCCUGACCCAUCAAGAUUCCAACCAAGCAAUCAAUCUGACCCCAUCCCAAACCCGCUUUUCAUGCAAAACCUAAACCAGGCCCAGCAGUAUAUUGGUCUUCACCAAACUAUGCAAAUACCCCAUCCACAGGGUCAAGCAAUGGCCCAGCCAAGUAGCAGAAGGGGAGCUGAGAAAGUUGAGAAUCACCCAACAGGUAGGUCCAUUAGUUUCUAGUUCCAUAUCAUCACAAGUUGUUGAUAUGCAUAUGCGAAAUGAUAAGACAGAGCACAUGCCAUACCCAUUCAAAUCAUAUCUAUAAAACAUAAAAAGCAUUUGAAUUGCAAAUAAAAGAUUGAAGUUGGUGUGAAUUGUACAGGUUGAAAAUUCUGCGUGGCUCACUCCAGAGUCCAGAAAGGAUUCCUCUUUCUUUCUUAAAGUUUUGUAGUUUGUCUGAGAUAAACUAUUUUGGGUUUCAACUAGGCAAUUCAUUAUUUCAACGCAGCUAACAUGUAAUUAUUAUGUUGCUAUGGAAAUAGUUCCCCCCUCAGUUUUCCCAUAUUCCUCUUUAUAGUUUGUUUCCUAUUUGUUGAGGUUUGGACAUUUUUAAAAAGAAAUUAAAAUAUGUUAUAAGUACUUGUCCUCUU